CCCAGCCCUUGGUCGCCACUUGCUCUCCCAUCUCAACAGUCCCAUUGGCGGUCUACUACCUGUGGUCUCAAGAUGCUCACACACUUGUCUCAAGUCGCCCAAACCCAGCAAAAUGAGGCGACGGUCAAGGUUGUGAUUUACACGGACAACGCAGUAGGCAAACCCGACCGACUUGUGCUUCACGACGUUCCGUUCCCGGUCUCGUUCGACUACCUUGCCGCACAAAUGCGUACGAACGAAUUUCCGGAGCCAAGAGAAUUCAGUGCACGUACACGGGUCAGCCUCAAAGUUGUAGAAGAACCGUCAUCUUUCGACCCUAAUACGCUCAGCGGAUACAUUAACGCAGACGAGCCCUUAUGCCAGUAUUACUACAAUCAUCUGCGCGAUAUUGUUAAUGUGUCCCAGUACAACACUCAAGCCAAUGCAGAGGGUGAUGCUGCAUCGCCCGGGCUUAGCUGUGCCAAAAUUGGCGAAUGUGGUGACACAGUGAAAGUCGGAGGUGUUUCGAUAGCUUUCAUGAGAACUCUGAGGGUGCCUGACGAUGGGAAGACCUACGUUUUACCUGCCAGGCUCGAUAAAUUCCCUCUGUACAAUGCUGCAGACUUUGCUUCUCAGCUUCCUCAAUCUAUUGCGCGCAAAGGCGGCCUUCUCAUGGCUAUGCACCAAUGCGAAGCGAUGUGGAUUAGUUUCGCGGAGACCGAAGUGCACAGUCCUUACGCCGUCAAAGUAUCCACUGGAGGAGUCAACGCCAUCACAGGCAUGCCAAAAAACAUUACGAAUAAAGGCAGGCAAGACUAUUUGACAGUAGGGCCGGGUGAUAAUACCCAAGCGUGGCUGGAUGGAUUCAGUACAGAAAGAGGUGUUGUGCGACAGUUUGUUGCUAUACCCACAGGACACAAACUCUCUAUAGAGGCUCAGAUCACUGGAAAGGAGAAUGUAGGCGGGAUACAGAUUGAUGUUUUCCCUCUCUAUAACGCACCUCCUUUCUUCUAUUAUGGCCCAGGGCAAAUCCCACUAUACAAGAACUAUUCGGCUCAUAGAGCAAAUCUCCGCACUGGUGAAAGUAUUGUCUUUAUAGAUGAGAACUAUUCUAGGCCUUUGAUCCAGGGGAGCACCUACGGGCUGUCAAAAGCCGGUUUGACGAUAUACCUAUGCGCCGUUGGCGGAGUAUACAAUGUUGAGAUGCAAAUCAUAAUCAAGGCAUGGCAUAGGACCAUCUGCCUGCAGGUCCAUCUGUUUGAUUCCAUCUCAAGUGUCAAAUAUAAAAUUCAGCAUAAGCUAUCCAUGCAUACAGACUUGCUGCAAUUACAAUUCGGCGGCCGACGGCUCGAAGAUGACAAGACUCUUGCGGAGUGCCGCAUCACUAACGAGAGUACACUGCACGUGAUGUUACCACUUCGAGGUGGAGGAGAAGGUCCAGAUGCCUCGGACAGAGCAGGCGGCGCAGGCUUUGCUGCGGGCGGCAAAAUCUCGCAGAAAAUCAUCCGCGAUCGGUUUUCUGCCGCUGCAUACAACUUCGGUGCUGGCUGUCGUCUCCACGUCACGAUCUUAAGUCCAGCCUUCCUCUCCCAACUCACUGGUCGAGCACCGAUCCCCACCCCGAUAUCUAUGAAGACAUACCUCAAGGCUGGUUUGCCCUGGUUUGCCCUGUACGACAAGGGCACCCCCUCUGCAAACAAUAUCUCGUUCAAUCAUCCGCUCGCUUCAAUUAAAUCUCUGCUGGCGGGAUUUCGCAAGCGACGGGACCGUGACGCGAACCCUUUGCAGUACGGGUGUUGUUACUGCGCCGCUGCCACGGCCUUCCAACUACAGCCUUGUGGACACCUGCUUUGCCAAGACUGUGCGGACGGCCUCCCUGAAGACGAGUGUCCGAAACGUUGUCGAGCUGUCAUUGUCUCACAACCCGUAGCAUCCGGUUCAGAACCCAGAACCAGACGGGAUACUCUCGAAUCGGUCACUGACCACCUCCGCUCAAUUGCCCUCGGAGAAUCCGAAGCUCCACCAGAGGGCCCGCCAAACCCCGUAGAAGAAGCGGUGGAAGAUUCAGAACCACCUUCCCGACGCUCUCCCACUCCACCUUCGUCCCCAUCCGAUCCCGGCGCAAUGGCCGAGAACCAAGAUAGCGCCGCGCUCCUCAAUGGAAGCGCGAUGAAGCCAGACGCCUUUGAUGGCACGAAAUCCAAGUACAUUGCUUGGAAGACCCAGAUGAAACUCUAUGUAGUUACGCAGAGGAAGCGGCUACCAGAGCAAUUCGACAGAGUCCUUAUGAUUCUGUCGUACAUGAAAGGUGGACACGCGGGCGAAUAUGUCGCCACGUUCAUGAAGAAAUACGACGCGGACGAAGACUCCGUGAUACAGACUACCAAGACACUAUGGGAAGACCUAGACAGGCACUUCCUGAUCGACGAGCAAGCCGAAGCCUAUGACCGGUUACAGGCGAUGCAGAUGGGAGCGCUGUCAACGCAGGAGUUCUUCUCAAAGUUUGAGUUAUGCGCCUUCCAGGCGAACAUUCAUGACUUUGAGGCACAUUUCCAGGAGUUGAAAUCACUUCUAGAAAAGGCACUCAGGGCCGAUAUCAUUCGGCUUCUGUACAAUUCAUCGGAAGAACUCCCUGCCACAUACGCGCUCUACAAACAACGGGUCGCGCGCAUCGACCUAAAUCAGCAGCAAUAUCGUCGGCGAAACCCACAGUCCCAGCGGCAAGGACAAUUCCAACCUCGGCAGCAGCAGACACAAGGUGCACCACGAGCACAGACUAGCGUAGCCGCGCCUACUGCAAAUGCUCCGGUCCAGACACGUCGCGACGGGACAGGUGUCACAUUCGGUGGAAGGGGACAACCGAUGGAUUUGGAUCAAGCACGACGCCAGGGUCUUUGUUUCCGAUGUGGCCAACAGGGUCACAUAUCACGGAAUUGCCCUAAUCGGCAACAAGCUCAACAAGUGCGAGCUACGGAAACCCCGGCAGUUCCCACCACCAACACGUUCACACCCCUCGCAUCACUAAACGAAGCUCCUGCCGCGACGGCAGAACCAUUCGAUUGGAAGAAGGCAAUUCACGAAGAAAUUCGUGCGGCCAUGAAGGGUUUUGCAAGCGGUCAGCAGGGUGCGUAG